UAAAGAAAAUAAAGCUAUAAAACCAAAAGUGGUAGUUCGUGAAGCUGAAGAAGUACGUUACAUAAAAAUUGAAGAAAAAAAGCAUUGUGAACGUCGAAGCCAUAGUAAAGGUGUUUCAGAAUGGGUAAAGAAGAAGAUUAAGGACAAUGAUGUUGCAAAUAUAAAGCAUGUUAGAGACAAAUUUAAGAGACCCGAGAAAUACAUACUUGACGACAUUCAAAUGGUAAAUGAUAAAGCCCCAAAAGAUAUUGAUCAUGAGAUCGAUAAUGCUGAUAAAAUGGUUAAAGGCAAUAUGGAUAUUAGAUGUAUAGAUUUUAAUGGAAAGAAAAAUUAG